CCAAUCUCACAAAAAAGCUUGAGCAUCCUUAAUUAAUCCUAUUUAGAACUCAAUUACAUUUAUGCCUUUUGUAAAUAUUAAUUCUAAAAUAACGAUGCUAACAUUUCUAAACUACAGAGUAUCAACAAAUAACAUAACGUAAUUCCCGCAUUUCAAUUAAAUAUGAAAAAUAUACUAGAGUUGAUCUAAGAUCACAACCGGCAAAACAAACGACAAAUUUACCUGAAAAAUCCACUGAAUUCGUUUCAAUACAUCGGUUAUUUAAAUUGUAAAAAUCAGUUGGGUUUCAACGUCAGUCCUAACACCGUUCUUAUAUCGCAAUUUUAGUAUUAGCGACAAGACGACAAUGCGAUACAAUUCAUUUCAACACCAUUAAAAAGUAUGACUGGCUUCAGACGACCGGCUUCCGGCUUGGCGCCACGACGCUUCGGAGAAACAAGAAAAUACAUAUGUAUGCAUCUUUCUUUUUGCGAGACAGAAGAACUCUAUGUCUCUGUUCUACCAACGCCGUCGCUGUUGCGACGAUUUGCAGCAAACCGCUCGUCUGAAGCCGGCCUAAAUGGAGUUCGAUCGAUGGCAACGCGAGCACGUGGUUCUCGAUGUUCGCGAUCGGAAAAUCGUGUUUUCGAAACUAUUUCUGGUUUCGCCGGUCCCACUGUCAAUCAACGUUUCUUCCUUUCGUUCCGUUUCUCCUCGAUUCUCUCCUUUUCUAUUGGCAAACACGUGUCAUCGAGUAUCGUGUUCGUCUUCGCUAAGCAAGCUUCUAUAUCAGCGAUACGCGAGCCGGUUUCCCCUUCAUAUUUGUGCAAGACUUCGUGAACAUCGGACGCUUUUCUCCUCUCUUUUCGAAUAAGAAAAUCCUGUCAUUGUUUAACUAACAAUUUCAUUUCUUUAAAUGAAAACGUCAUCGUGUCUCUAUUAUAUUCUUAAUUAGCCAGAGAAUUUAGGUUUAUUGGCGUGGAAACUUGAUCGGUCGUUUACGUAAGGAUCUGCGAUCCUGCUUCAUCUUCGAGGAAAAUUUCACCGAAUACAAUCGUUUCACUCAUUGAUUGGAUCAGUCGAAAGGGAGAUUCGUUGACUGCCAGUAUAAAUAUUGAUCAUAGUGUCUCUUGAAGAGAAACUGUGCCAAUCUUGUUGAUUUAACUACUGAUUCUACUUCAUCUUCGAGGGAAACUACUUACUUUCAUUGUGUGUUUGACCAUUGAUUUUAGCGUUUCUUCGAGGGAAACAGCGUUGAUCCGUCAAGUCUUCUUUCUCAAGGAGCAGCAACGAAGAUGCUACAAUAACGGAAAAAUUCUUCGGUUAUUUCCACAAAGAACACGAAGGAUAUUAGUGUAUCGAGACAUUUUGUUCGUGGGAAGUUAGGCAACGACGAUUGGAACGGAAAGAUACGUUUGACAUGAUUUAGUGUGAUGUCGAGAGAGAAAAAUGGUUCGAUCGAGGGUGUCUUUAAUUGCUAAUUUCGUAACUUGCUGUUAAUCGGCCUGACAGUGAUACUAGUGGAUGUGAUUGGUAGUGUCUGAUUAAUCGUGAUCGAUAUUUCGAACGAAGAACAACGAGAAGCGAUCAGUUUGGAGUUUCAUUCUCACGUCGUGAACUAUCGUGAAUUAGACAUCGAAGAAUCGUUUGGUGACAGCGAAAUGAAGGACGAGAAGAGUAAUUCUAUAUUGCCCACUGAAACGACUCGAUUGAGACCAAGAUUGGAAAGUUUCGAUGAUGUUCUGCCGUAUGUCGGCGACUACGGAAGAUAUCAAUGGCUGUUGUUACUGUCGUUACUACCCUAUGGCGCGACGUACGCGUUUCUGUAUUUCUCGCAAUUUUUCAUUACGAUUAUUCCCACGGAACACUGGUGCAGGAUAGACGAAUUAGUAAACUCGAAUUUCACCGAAGAAGAGAGGAUCAAAAUAGCGAUUCCACCGACGCACGUUUAUCCUUAUUACGAACAAUGUCAGCGGAAGGACCUAAACUUCACGGAGCUGUUGAAGAGCGACAAGAGUUUGAGCUCGUUGGACUUCGAAACAAACGAAACGAUAAAAUGUACUCAAUGGGAGUACAAUUUCACGCAGAUUCCAUAUCCUAGUAUAGGAACUGAGCUAGAUUGGGUAUGCGACCGAGAAUACCUCGUAUCAACGGCGCAGGCCAUCUUCUUCUGCGGGUCCAUCAUCGGUGGUUUCCUAGUCGGUUGGAUCGCCGAUCACAAGGGCCGUAUCCCAGCUUUGAUGUUCUGCAACGGCAUCGCCCUUUUUGCUUCCAUUUUCACUGCCAGCGCAAAUAGUUUUUGGUCAUUCGCCGUCUGUAGGUUCCUCACUGGACUGGCGUUCGAUAACUGUAUCAACAUUCCUCUGAUUAUCGUGCUCGAAUAUAUGGCUGUUUCGAAACGAACGUUGGUCGUGAACAUCGCCUUUGGCGUAUACUUCGCAGUGGCCAGUACAAUUUUACCAUGGAUAGCUUACUAUAUCGCGAACUGGAGAUAUUUCACUUACGUUACUGCCAUGCCGUUGUUAUCGGUUGCUAUCACACCGUGGAUUCUUCCCGAGAGCGCCCGGUGGUACGUUUCCAAUGGGAUGAUGGACAAGGUUGUUGAGAAACUGCGGAGAAUAGCUAGGAUCAACCGUAGAAAUCCAGAUUCGCGUAUUUACGAUAUAUUCGUCAGUAACAUGGAGGCAUCGGACAAAAUUCAAGAAUCAGCGACGCUGCUCGAUCUGUUCAAAACGCCACGGUUGGCGAGAAACACUAUUCUUCUAGUUGCAUUCUGGUGUUUCACCGUGAUCUCGUUCGACGGCCACGUGUAUUCGUUAAAACUUAUCCAGAGCUCGGUGUUCGUGUCGUUCUCGAUCGCCUGUGCCACAGAACUUCCAGCUGGGUUAUUGCUCGCCUUGUUGCUCGACCGAUGGGGUCGUAGACUCUGCGGAUUUCUCACUCUGGCAAUGACCUGUGUACUCAGUAUUGCUGAACUUAUGCUGCAUUCCAUGCUCGCGAAAUUAGUAAUGUCAGUAUUGUCGCGAUUCUGUCUGAACAUGGCAGCCAAUGUUGGUCUUCAGUAUGCAGCAGAACUUCUGCCCACGCCAGUCAGAUCGCAGGGCGUAUCUUUCAUUCAUAUUUUCGGAAUAGUUGCACACUCUUUGGCGCCAUAUAUCACUGACUCGGCUGCAAUUUGGGAGGGAUUUCCAAUGAUGAUUAUCAGCACGGUGUCCUUUUUUGGCGCCGCACUAGUUUUGUUCCUGCCGGAAACUGUCGGCCAGAAUCUUCCUCAGACCAUCAAGCAAGGCGAAGAAUUCGGAAGGGACCAACAUUUCUGGUCGUUGCCUUGCUACCAUAAGACACACUUCAAUGGACAUCAACACUAUCACUCCUGAAGAAGAAAAAAAGAAAGGAAAGAAUAUUGUAAGCAAAUCGUGCCAUCGUAUGACGAUCAGUGUUCGUCGUUGUGCCAAUAACAACGCAAUUAAUUUGAAGAAUACCUAUUAUUCAUAGUAUUCAUAAUCAUCCUCCUACUUCACUUACGUAUACACUAACGUAUACACUCACGUCCAUAGGAUUAAUUCAUCAAAUAAAACUUCCAUAAACCUUAA